CUUCACCACAAGUAGAGAAUCAAUUAAUCAAAUCUUAUAUAUAUGCAAAACUGUUGCAUAAAUAUGGGACCCCUCACAAGCCUGUAUGUUAACAUGCAAAACAAGCAACAAAAAACAACAGAAAAGUUAGUACUGAAAAAAGGCAAUUAAGAUACAGAAACACUUUUUUCAUUAUCUUUCCUCAAAUAUAACUAUUACAAGGAUAUAUAUCAAUUCCAUUUCAUUUCCAACAAUAUUUGUUUUUAUCUUUUUUUCAUUAUAUAAAGACCUAUUUUCCUAUAUACUAGAUCUCAUUAUUAGCUUUUACAAACACUCUAUUCCAAAGUUUUUUCAUAUGGAGGAAUCUCAAGAUUUGAUGUGGAUGAUGAAAAGGAAACAAAACUUCAAGUCACCUAUUGAAGCAGUACCAUAUGGAAUUGGAGCUAUCAACAGCAACAAUUCUUGGGAAGAAAAGGCUUUUGCAGAAGAUGCAGCUAGGAUACUUGGUGGAUGUAUAUGGCCACCAAGAUCUUACUCAUGUCAUUUCUGCAAAAGAGAGUUUAGGUCUGCUCAAGCUUUAGGUGGUCACAUGAAUGUUCAUAGAAGGGACAGAGCUAGGCUUAAACACCACCAUAAUGAAGAAGACCUUCAUUCUCAUCAUAAAAAUCACUUUACUACAACAAGCAGAGUUUCAUCUUCUUGGCCUUCAACCAUAUGCACACAAGAAAAUUGUUUUCAACCUAACAUGUCAACAUAUUCUACUUCAAUUAGAAAGGGGAACCAUAUGGACUUUCUUAAAGGUGUUGCUAAUGAAAGGAAACAGAUUUUCAAAGGUUUGAAUAAAAAUAAUUUUGUUGAAACAAGUUUGUCUAUGGGACAAAAAUUGGCAUAUGGGGACAAAGCCAUCACAUAUAAAAGAACAAAGACUUCAUCACUUCCAUGUUUGAAUGAAAGAUGUUUAAGUGUCAAGUCUGCAGAAUUUGUUAUUGGAAUUAAGCCUGGAAUUGAAGACUUGGAUCUUGAACUCAGACUAGGGAAAACACAGAAAGUUUAGUUGUAAUGGAAUAUUGUCAGUGUUUGUCUAUGAUAGAUAAAUAGCUAUGCAACUGCAAGAACCUUAAUUUUCUUAGAUUAAUCCAAAACCUUGAAGAGAAUGAUAAGGUUUAACUGUUUUCAUGAAAUGUUAACUUGAAUACUAAUUCUAUUUCUAGUUACAUGUGACAGUCCUAUUCUUAUUUUUGAGUAUGUUGAUGUGAU